AGGCCAAGCAAGUUUUAUUUUUCUUAUUUUCUUUCUUCAAAAGGCUUAAUAUUCGUUUUGCUCGCAACAAUCCAAUAAGUUCUCCGAUCGAAAAAAAAAAAAAACAUUAGACAUUUCAUCUUCGAAAAUAAAAUAAAUAAAAAUGCGAACAGUAAGUACCUUUACUACUGCUUCUCCAUCAAUCUCCCCAUCGGCGAACGUUCAGAAAUCGCCAUGGCAUUCACCGGCGCCGUAUCUCUUCGCCGGCGUAGCAUCUAUGUUAGUAUUAAUAACUUUUGCUUUAGUAAUCUUAGCUUGUUCUUACUGGAGACGAUCCGGCUAUCCGAGAGAAAACGGCGAUGCAGAAUCCGGCGCCGGCGAGAAAUCAGCCGGUAAUGUUUUCAAGGCGUCGCCGGUUUUUGAGGAGAAAAUUGUAGUGAUAAUGGCUGGAGAUUUGAAUCCAACUUUUUUGGCUACGCCUAUUUCAAGCAGAGGUAAUUCGUUUGGUGCUGGUGAUAAAAUUGAGAAGAAAUUGGAAAAGGAAACUGAAGAAUUUGAUGAUGAGAAGUCGAAAGAUGAAGUAAUUGCAAUGGAAGUUAUGGAUCAAGCUCAUGAAGAAUCUCAAAUCGGCCAUUGAUAAAGUCACUGAGCUUUGAAAAAAAAAAAGCAGAGCAAUUUUCUCCAAUUUUUUUUUUGGAAUUCUUCCAUUUUGGUUUAAUUUUUCAAUUUUGAGAUUCGGGAAAUUGUACUCAAUUUUGGUUGAGAUAACAAAGAGUUAGAAAAAAAUUCAUUUUCGAGUAA